AAGCAGCACACAAUCCAUUGUUUUGUUUGCUUGUUUGUUUGGAUAUACAUUAUAAAUAUAAUAGACUAUUAAAGUGCCCAAGAAAUCUGAUUUUCCAACGUUAUCUUCUUUUAGUCUAUGAUCAUAUAUAUAAACAAGAGAGGAUGCAUAUCUUACCCCAACUUAUUACGUUCCGUGUGUUGUGUCUUUUGUCAUUGGUAGAAGAAAAAGACAAAACUCAAAUUAUGAACACGAAGAACAACGUCCUUGUGGACGUGUCACCAUUCUUGUUAUUCGAAGCAUCUGCAGAUUCCGAAACUCGUGAAGAAGGUGGCCACGAUGGAUAUGAUGAUAAAGAUCAUGGGAAUGAUGCUGAGUCAACGAGUCAGGUGACGGGUGGGUCGGCUGAUUUUGACUCGGUGGAGAUGGAAGAAGAAGAAAAAGAAGAAGAGCUAGUCACGGGAGAGAAAGAGGAGGAACACGAUGAGGAAGAGGUGAAUAGUCACGGGAGGUGGCCGGAGAGUAGAGAAAAUGAAAGCGGGAGCGUUGAUUCGUCUUGCACGAGGAAUGAUGAGAGGUUGAUGAGGAGGAAGAUUGAAAAAGAUCGAAUGUUUUGGGAAGCUUGUUUAGCUUCUUAGCCUGUAUGCAUCAAAUUAUUAAUUAGUGUGUUAUUGUAUGUUUGAAUAUAUUGUUUAAAAUACCUGUAUGUAAUAGAUAUGUGAUUUGUCAGCUAAUCA